AUGGCUUCCCAAAGCCUCCGUCUCCGCCUCCCAACCACAAACCCCACCUCCUCCUCACCACCAAUCCCAUCAUUCCACGUGUCCCUCCCCACCCUCCCACCACCUCCCAGGCCUCGCCGCCGCCUGUCGCUCUCUCCCUCCACCUCCAGCGCUGUUGUCGAAAUCUCUAGACUCUUCCUCACUAAACUCCAACAAAAUUUUCUCCCCAAUGCCGAAGAGGUCGCCGCAAUCAAGAGCCUCCGGGACACAGCGGUAUGCGCGGCGGCGCCACUGUUCUUUGCUGCGAUGCGGGACCGGCCGAGAGGGUACUUGAACACGCCGCUGACGGUGGUGGCGGCGGGAAUGGCGAAAUGGCUGGAUAUAUACAGCGGAGUGUUGAUGGUGAGGGUGAUGCUGAGUUGGUUUCCAAAUAUUCCGUGGGAGCGGCAGCCAUUGUCGGCGAUCAGAGAUCUGUGCGACCCGUAUUUGAAUCUGUUCAGAAAUAUUAUUCCCCCGGUGUUUGAUGCUUUGGAUUUAAGCCCGCUGUUGGCAUUCUCGGUGUUGGGUGUGCUGGGUUCCAUUCUGAAUAACAGCAUGGGAAUGUACUGA